CCACAUUUCACUCCACCCAGGAGAAGUAACUCAUGCAUAGUGUCCACAGAAAACAGGAAAAAGUCAUUUUUCUUUUCAAAAGCAUCAGAGGUGAUUAACUGAAAAGACGCUUGGAUUUUGAUUUAACAGGAACAUCUGGAAAACAGAAAAUGCCAUCUGGAACGAAGUCUCUGCAUUUUCUUCUCAGUGCGCUGCUAACUGCCAUAUCUGCCGCUCUGCUUGGGUAUGCCAUGUCCACAAAUUGGUCUAAAACGACUGUGGACUGCACAGGAAUUGGAACCAACAAUGGGAGUGCAGCUAUCACAAUAGGCCUUUUCGAGGGACUACUAGUAAGAGACAGCUGUCCCAGCUAUGGGAGUCUAAAAUACUUUUCGGUGUUUAUAGAGUUGUCAAGGAUAACAAAGACUCCUAUGAUUCUCCACGGUCUGUGUGUGUGCCUGCUGGCCUUGUGCUUGCUGUGUUCUGUCCUCAGCAUCCUCAUCUCGUUUUACAACAGCGUCAGUAAUCCUUACGAGACCUUCAUGGGGCCUAUCGGGGUUUAUGUCUGCUCCUCCACCAGCGCUUGUUUGUCUCUUUUGGUCCUCAUCAUAUUUGUGCUGAACAUCACUGUGACCACCAUGGCAGAGGAAUUGGUUCCCAGCAUUGAAAUAAUUGCUUCCGUGUUACUGACAAACAAAACGUCACAGAUGCAGGUCGGGUACUUCCUGGUCAUCCCUUACAUGGUGCUCUCUCUGGGGGCUAUCUUGUUGAUCUACCUUUACGAACACACAGCCUACACACACAGACGAGAACAGGAGAGGCCCACGGAAGAUGCUCCCAAGGAAAUCAUGAUGUACUAGUGAUAAUCAAGAUAGUGACACUUACACAUUCCUUCUGACUUUCUGGAAAAACUUGUGAUGGAUCAUAACAGAUCAUGGUUGUGUACAGAAAAGAAUGAAUGCACACAUUAGCUUGCUGUAAAAUGUGCAGGAUUUGGUUAAUUUAAUUCACCUUUGACAUUUUAAGAGGAACAUUUUUAUUACGUUCCAGUCUUAAGUUAAUUAAUCUGAUUUAUCCAAAGUUUAGUAAACCAUUUUAAUCACUGGUUCUGCCUUAUGCCGUAUUUCACAUGAAAUAACAUUCCUCAAAAAAUAUGUAUUUUAUACAUGAACCAUGUAAAGGCAUCUUUUUCAUAGUAAACAUCAGCAUCAAUAGCAAUAGUAAUAUUCCAGCUUAGCAACUUUAAUCUUAUUGAACAUGUAAUAUGUAUCCAGUUAGUGUAUCACUUUGAAUAAAAGUAAUUUUUACACAUAGCUUUCUUUCAAUUUUAUUUUAAACAAUUUAGAGAACAUAUAAGCAAAAACAAAAUCUAAUCCUUUAACUGAAAGUUAAGCGCCAACUAGGACUGAAAGGGUAAAUGGGUAUUCACUGAUGUUUGCUGCCCUCUGUCUGAGAUAUGAUGCGAUUGCAAGGAGAAGUCAACAUCUGCCAAAUGUAACUUCUGAGACAUCUCUGGAUAUCUGUUUACUAAUUAGGAAUACUCUUCAUAGCAGUUUGUUUUGCUAGGUGUUACACAAGGAUUAUCAUUAUCUUCCCUAGCAACCACAAGUUAUUGUUGGCACCAAUAAGGCUCUUCCAAAACCAGUUUUGAUGUAUGUUUGGGAUCAUUUUCCUACAGGAACACCCAGUUGUGUCCAGAUUACAAGUAUUUGAUCUGAGUAAAAGCUGAACUGCCAGUAACACUGGCAACAAAACAGAUCCCCACAUGAUACUACUAUACUACCACCAUGCUUGAAAGCCUCACAUGACUUUUCUUAAUAGCUCAAAUUUUUUCGCGCCUGCCCAUAAAACUUUUCUCCAGAAGACAUUUGGUUUGUCCUUGUGGACAGCUGCACAUUUCAGUCGAGCUUCAAGACGUAAUUUUGGUUGGCACCCUCUCAGUCCUUGUGGUUAAACUUCUCUUCCUAGGAUAGAGACAAUAAUGUUCCUGCAUUUUCCAGUUUAUGCUAUGCUUAAUUUAGGGUGGUUAAUGAACCUUAUAACAAUUAGUUUUUUUCUGGGUGUGACAGCUUGGGUUGGAUGGUUAAAACAUGGACACAACUGGGUUUCCAAAAAUAAAUUGAUUCACCUUUAUUGAAUUUUGUUGACUAUGCCAACGAGCCAGGCAUGUGCCAGAAAACAGACCAGUUUAAAUGAACUCUGCCAGAAUUAAACCAGGAAAUGCUCAUAUCUACAAAAGGUGUCUGGGUUCUCAGUAAUUUUCUAAGGGACCAAAUAUUCAUGGGGUUGUAUGUAUGUAUUUAAGCCUGUGUAUGUAUCAUUUUGAAACUGUAGAUUGAUGUGAACCUGUUUUUUGUUUUUAAUUCAAAUAAAUAACUAAAAGCCUAAAA